CGCGGCGGCGAGCGGACCCGGGCCGCGGGCAGCGGGGUCCCCGCACCCGAGCGGAGACGCGGGCGCCGCGGCUCCACCGCGGGGCCUCGGAGGGUGGGGGGCGCAGACCUGCGGAGCCUGCGGCCGGCGGAAGUUACUUUACAGGUUUUUCCCUUCCAAACAAUUCUGCAAUAAAUAUCCGUGUUUGAACUUCUGUGCAACCAGAUCCAAGGAUAGAGUACCGGGGCGCCUGGGUGGCUCAGUCACUUGAGCAUCCCACUUCGGCUCAGGGUGGCCGUAGGAGGAGGAGAGGAGAGGAAAUGAAGAGAAAGAACUGAAAUAGCUCCUUCCAGAAGAAAAGGGAAACAAGUUCGGCAGCAGACCCCCGGUCUUACAAAGCAGCAGCCCCGCCUGGGAGCAGGGUGGCGGCCAGGGCAAUGGUGGGAGCCCUGAAGAUGCCCCAUGGCUGCUGAGGGGGCCGCCCGGUCAGGGAGCAGAGUGGCGGGCAUGGUGUGCAGUCUCUGGGUCCUGGGGCUGGCGUCCUCAGUUCUGGCUCUGGAAGAGGUGCUUCUGGACACCACUGGAGAGACAUCCGAGAUUGGCUGGCUCACCUACCCACCAGGCGGGUGGGAUGAAGUGAGCGUUCUGGACGACCAGCGACGCCUGACUCGGACCUUCGAGGCAUGCCAUGUGGCAGGGGCCCCUCCGGGCACCGGGCAGGACAACUGGCUGCAGACACACUUUGUGGAGCGACGAGGAGCGCAGAGGGCACACAUCAGACUCCACUUCUCCGUGCGGGCGUGUGCCAGCCUGGGCGUGGCCGGAGGCACCUGCCGGGAGACCUUCACGCUUUACUACCGCCAGGCGGAGGAGCCCGAUGGCCCCGACAGCAUUUCCUCCUGGCACCUCAAACGCUGGACCAAGGUGGACACGAUUGCAGCGGACGAGAGCUUCCCCGCCUCCUCCGCCUGGGCCGUGGGCCCGCACGGCGCUGGGCAGCGGGCCGGGCUGCAGCUGAAUGUCAAAGAGAGGAGCUUCGGCCCCCUCACCCAGCGCGGCUUCUACGUGGCCUUCCAGGACACGGGGGCGUGCCUGGCCCUAGUGGCGGUCAAGCUCUUCUCCUACACCUGCCCCUCCGUUCUCCGCGCCUUCGCCUCCUUCCCUGAGACGCAGGCCAGUGGGGCCGGAGGCGCCUCCCUGGUGGCCGCCGUGGGCACCUGUGUGGCUCACGCAGAGCCAGAGGAGGAUGGAGGUGGGGGACAGGCCGGGGGGAGCCCCCCCAGGCUGCACUGCAAUGGGGAGGGCAAGUGGAUGGUAGCUGUUGGGGGCUGCCGCUGCCAGCCAGGGCACCAGCCCGCCCGCGGAGACAAGGCCUGCCAAGCCUGCCCGGAGGGCUCCUACAAGGCCACGGCUGGGAACGCCCCCUGCUUGCCCUGCCCAGCCCGCAGCCACGCCCCCGACCCGGCGGCGCCUGUUUGCCCCUGCCUUGAGGGCUUCUACAGGGCCGGUUCCGACCCCCCAGAGGCCCCCUGCACUGGCCCGCCUUCGGCUCCCCGGGAGCUUUGGUUCGAGGUGCAAGGCUCAGUGCUCAUGCUGCACUGGCGCCUGCCUCAGGAGCUGGGGGGACGCGGGGACCUGCUCUUCAAUGUCGUGUGCAAGGAAUGCGGAGGCCACCAGGAGCCUGGCACGGGCACCCCGGGCACCUGUCGCCGCUGCAGGGAUGAGGUGCACUUCGACCCCCGCCAGAGGGGCCUGACUGAAAGCCGAGUGUUAGUUGGGGGGCUCCGGGCACACGUUCCCUACAUCCUGGAGGUGCAGGCUGUGAACGGGGUGUCAGAGCUCAGCCCCGACCCUCCCCAGGCUGCCGCCAUCAAUGUCAGCACCAGCCACGCAGUUCCCUCUGCAGUCCCUGCAUUGCACCAGGUGAGCCGGGCAUCCAACAGCAUCACGGUGUCCUGGCCACAGCCAGACCAGACUAACGGGAAUAUCCUGGACUAUCAGCUCCGCUACUAUGACCAGGCAGAAGAUGAAUCCCACUCCUUCACCCUGACCAGCGAGACCAACACGGCCACCGUGACCCAGCUGAGCCCUGGCCACAUCUAUGGCUUCCAGGUGCGGGCGCGGACUGCCGCAGGCCACGGCCCCUACGGGGGCAAGGUCUAUUUCCAGACGCUGCCUCAAGGUGAGCUGUCCACCCAGCUGCCAGAGAGACUCUCCUUGGUAAUUGGGUCCAUCCUGGGGGCCUUGGCCUUCCUCCUGCUGGCGGCCAUCACCGUGCUGGCUGUCGUGUUCCGGAGGAAGCGGCGUGGGACGGGCUACACAGAGCAACUGCAGCAGUACAGCAGUCCAGGACUUGGGGUGAAGUAUUACAUCGACCCCUCCACAUACGAGGACCCCUGCCAGGCCAUCCGGGAGUUUACCAGGGAGGUGGAUCCCGCGUAUAUCAAGAUCGAGGAGGUCAUUGGGGCAGGCUCCUUUGGUGAAGUACGCAGGGGCCGCCUGCAGCCCCGGGGACGGCGGGAACAGGCUGUGGCCAUCCAGGCCCUGUGGGCUGGAGGCACCGAGAGCCUCCAGAUGACCUUUCUGGGCCAGGCUGCAGUCCUGGGCCAGUUCCAGCACCCCAACAUCCUGCGGCUGGAGGGCGUGGUCACCAAGAGCCGGCCCCUCAUGGUGCUGACGGAACUCAUGGAGCUGGGUCCCCUGGACAGCUUCCUCAGGCAGCGGGAGGGCCAGUUCAGCAGCCUGCAGCUGGUGGCCAUGCAGCGAGGAGUGGCCGCAGCCAUGCAGUACCUGUCCAGCUUCGCCUUCGUGCACCGUGCCCUCUCUGCCCACGGCGUGCUGGUGAAUAGCCACCUGGUGUGCAAAGUGGCUCGUCUUGGCCACAGUCCUCAGGGCCCAAGUUGUAUGCUUCGGUGGGCAGCCCCAGAGGUCAUCGCUCACGGAAAACAUACAACAUCCAGUGACGUCUGGAGCUUUGGGAUAGUGAUGUGGGAAGUGAUGAGUUAUGGAGAGCGACCCUACUGGGAUAUGAGUGACCAGGAGGUGCUAAAUGCGAUAGAACAGGAGUUCCGGCUUCCCCCACCUCCAGGCUGUCCUCCUGGACUACAUCUGCUCAUGCUAGACACUUGGCAGAAGGACCGUACCCAGCGGCCCCAUUUUGACCAGCUGGUGGCUGCGUUUGACAAGAUGAUCCGAAAGCCAGACACUCUACAGGCUGACGGUGGCCCUGGGGACAGACCUUCCCAGGCCCUUCUGAACCCUGUGGCCCUGGACUUUCCUUCUCUGGACUCACCCCAGGCCUGGCUUUUGGCCAUUGGACUGGAGUGCUACCAAGAAAACUUCUCCAAGUUUGGCCUCUGCACCUUCAGUGAUGUGGUCCAGCUCGGCCUGGAAGACCUGCCUGCCCUGGGCAUCACCCUGGCUGGCCACCAGAAGAAACUGCUGCACAACAUCCAACUCCUUCAGCAGCACCUGACGCAGCCGGGCUCAGUGGAGGUCUGAGGCCUGGGCUCCAGCUGUGCGUGGGCGAUGCCCUGGACAGCCCCGGCCAUAGGUCCCAGGAGCGAUAUGCGAGACCAGAGCCAGUCUCCGUCCUGGCCUCCUCGAGAGGCGCCUGCCUCACUACACCCAACCCCCUGGACGCUUCGCUCCCCAGUCCUCCUCUGCCCUCCUCCGCCCUCCCCCGCAUUAAAGGGAAAGAAGAAAC